AUGGUCGAACUCAUCAACCCCCCAGAAACACGCUCAUUACUUCCUCCCCUGCUCGCGUGCCUCCCGCUGGCCUUCGUGUCCCCGCGUGCGCCUCCAGCUCUCCUCCCACUCCUCUCUCCCAUCCUGCGCCAACGAGUCAACGUCCUUAGCUCGCUGUCUACUUCUUCUACAGACUCAUGGCUGCAACUACUCUGCUGGGACUCGGGCAAGGCUGAGCGCCUUCGUACCAUUAUUGACGGUGCCACUUUUGAACCUCACCCGGUAUCGGGCGAGAUCGAGCUGCCCGAUGAGCUCCCGGUAACAUAUAAGCGCAUCGAUGAUGAGACCCUCCAGGCGCAGGUCUCUCUUCCCGAGUAUAGUAUCACUGUGCUCUACCUUUGGUGCCCAACAGACGAAGAGGGAGGCGGCCCCGGCUGGCGGGUUGCGGAGCUUCUGCCGCGUGAAGGACCCGCCGAUGAGGAGAAUACUUGGGCCUCAUCUAUUGGAGAAGCUGAUUCUCUGGCCAAAUGCAACGAUGUGCCUAGCGCUGCUGAGCAGGAGAAGCCCAAGGAAAAUGGCCAAGAAGAGGAAGACGAUGACGACGAUUACUGGGCUCAGUACGAUGCUACGCCAGGCCGGACGCCUGGAGUCAAGACCCCAGCGCCACUAGCCGGUUCGUCAACACUGGGUCCAUCGGGUCUGUCUGAACAAACGUACUUCUCCCAGUACAGGGACGUGCAGCCCGCCAUGGAUAGCCAUGACCCAACAGAGGAACAGGCCGAGGUCGGACCAUCUUCUCUGAAUGGGGAUAUGCUGGCCAGUCUGCUUCGUCGCCAGAUUGACGGGGCUGAUGAUUCGAAUGCGCCUCGUACAAACGGGUACGUUGCUACUGAUAUUCCCACUGAUAAGGCUGCCCAGGCCUUGAACCACCCUCGGCCGUCAUCUAUUUCCUCUGGUAGCUCUGUUGCUAGGUUGGAACAGGAAGCUGAGAACCGGUCUACUUGUGAGGUUGGAGUGAAGCAGCAUAUUGGCACCAGCAUCAAGAGCUUGUUCCGCCUGGCUAAAGCCACGGGAAUGCCUCGCGCCGAGUUCCAGGCACUUGUGUCGACUGAGUUGGAGUUGUUGAACAUUUCGGAUGAUGAUUGA